AUUUUGAGAAGUUUUCUACUUGAGACGCUUUAAACAACACCAUGAACUUCCUCCUGUUGUUCACCUUAAUUGCAGCCAGCAUUCUCCUUUCCAGUGCGAUACAGCCUCUUGGCGCAGGUUACAACAGCCAUUGCAUGUGUUUAAAACUAGAGUCUAGGGUAAUCCCACCGGACAACCACCGAAGUGUGGAGAUCCUGCCUAAAGGUCCUCACUGCAAGACUACAGAGGUUAUUGCUGGUUUAUCAAGUGGAGAGAAGAUCUGCCUGAACCCCAGAACAUCAUGGGUUAAAAAACUCAUUCACUUUGAGAAAAAACAACAAGGGAUCAAGAAAGUCUUCUGACUAAUAUAACUUUGCUUCUCAUUGCUCACUUGUCACUUUGUUAGUCAUGUAGUGACUAAUGAUAUUAAUUAUUAUUGGUGUCACUGACGCCACAGAUGUGGUUAAACUGACUCUUUUCGGUUCUUGCAAAAUAAGUUGUGAUAACUCAUUUUUAGAGGCUUCAUCACUAUGUAUUUUGUGUUGUAUUCUUUGUCAAGAACUGUAUAUGGAUGAUUGUUGUGUUUUUUAUAUAAAGCCUUUGAAUAAAAAUGCCA